AUGGAAAAUAGUAUACCAUACAACUUAUACAUAAAAAAGAGAAAUAUAUUUUCAUUGGAAGAAAAUCAUAAUUUAAACUUGAAUUCAUUGAAAAAUAAUGAUACAUAUCAAGUUAAAUUAAGACACAAAUAUGUUCAUGGAUACCUGUCUGAAAAAAAUAAUAUCCUUAAAUUUUUACAGAACAAAUUUAUCUAUCCAAUAAAAAAUUUAAUAGUUAUAUAUGAUUUAAUAAACAGAGACCAGUUCAUUUUUUCUCACCACACUAAUCAGGUAUUUUUGAUAAGAUGUAGAGAAAAAAACAGAACUGUUGUUAGUGCUGAGGAAGAGAAAAGAAAAAUAAAAAUAUUUGUAUGGAAUAAAUUAACUUUAGAAAUAUUAAGUGAGAUAAAAAUAAAAAAGGAAAACUUUAUCGACAUAGAUUAUUUAAAUGAUAAGAAUAUCAUAUUACUUUGUAAGUACAAUGACAAAUUAAUCCUUUGUAUAAUUUCAUUAAUAUAUAAAAAUAAAGAAAUAAGAUUGAAUAAAAAAUGUGUCAGUGUUAUAAAAUCCUUGAAUGAUUUUUAUAUACAUGUAAAGACCGAAAAAACAAAAGGAAAAGAUCAUGAGGAUGAAUAUUUUGGAAAAUGUAAAACAGGGUUUCUUAUAGAAAAAAAUGAUCUUUCUAAAGAAAAAGGAUCUAUAUAUUGUAUAAAAAAUAUUAAGAAUAUAAAUAAAAGAUAUGUUAAACAAAAUAGGAUGAUAUACUCAAGGUUAAAUGAAAUAAUGAAAAAAAAAAAAAAAAAAAGAAGAAGAAAAAAAAAAUUAGUAACAAAUAUACCAUUAUGUAAUAAUAAUUUUUCUUAUUGUAAAGAAAAUCAAGAAAGAUUUAUAUUAAUAGACACAUUAAAAAAAAAGAAAUUAUUCAAGAAAUCCAUUUUGAAAAAGAUAAAAAAUCAAAAGGAUCUUAUGAAUAUGAUACAUAUAAAAAGUAAGAAACAUCAACUUAUUAAUUUCUCUUCUUAUUAUAUAAAAUUUAUAAAACCCUUAUUCAAUAAAAAUAAAUAUUAUAAUAAAUCUUUAUAUAAAAAUAUGAAAAUAGUAGUUGAUAUAAAUGAAAAUGUGUGCAUAUAUAAUGAUCAUUAUAUAUUUGUUUAUAUAAUAAAAGAUUACAACAUUUAUGAGAGAUUAAAAUAUAAAAAUUUUAAAUGUUCUCUUUUUUCAUCUGAUCAUAUGUUUUAUUUAAGAAAAGAAAAUUUUUAUUUUUUUUACACAUUUUAUUUUGAAUUGUUUAUAAAUAGUUAUUUAUAUAAUCGUUAUGUGUGUUUGAAGAAAUAUAACGAUAAAUGUAAGAUCAAAAAAAAUGAAGAAAAUUAUGAACAGGCUGAUGAAGAUGAAGAAAAAAAAUUUGUACACUAUAAAAUAGGGGGAAAUUAUUUUAUAAAUGAUGAGGCAGACCAUAUGAAAAAAACAAAAAUUUUGAUAGAUUCAAAUGAAUACAACAAAAAUUAUGUAAAUAUAUUCAACAGUACAUUUGUAUAUAAAAAUUAUAUGGACGUUGAAUGUACAAACACGUUUUUACAUAAUAAUAAUAAUAAUAAAUAUGAUAAUAAUUGUAAUAAUAAUAAUAAAUAUGAUAAUAAUUGUAAUAAUAAUAAUAAAUAUGAUAAUAAUUGUAAUAAUAAUAAAUAUGAUUAUUAUUAUAGCAGUGAACAAUAUUAUAAAUUCCCUCCUCUCGUUAAUAUCCAAAUAAAUGUUGUAGAAAUAUUCAAUUUUGUGUGCACUGAAAAUUCUGAUGAUAUAAACGUUAUUUUCAAAAUUAAAGAUGAAUAUGGAAAGAAAAGACGUGCUCAUACGAAUAGGAUAAAUACUGAACAACAAAAAAAGAGAGAUUCUAAUAAAAUAAUAAAAAGAAGAAAUAAUAGGAAUCAUCAAAUAAAUACUCCUAAUCAAUUAUCCAAUAAUAUGAUAAUAAAAAAAAAAAAAAAAAAAAAAAAAAAUCUUAUCAUGAAAAAAUAUCUUGUUAUAGGAACAAAAAACGGAAUGAUUAUAAUUAACGAUUUUUUAAAACCUCAUAAAAUAAUACAUUUAGAAAAAAUAUGUAAUGAACCCAUCGUGUCAAUUUUUAUUUUUCAAAAUGAUAUGUUAAUAUUAAAUCGUUCUGGCAUUAUAUUUUUUAUGGAUAUUCAUAAUUUUGUUAUAUAUAGGGAUAUUGAUAUAUUUUUUUCUCUGGAACAUAAAACAAAAAAUUUAUCAUAUGAAAAUUGUAAUAAUAAUAUUAAAAGGAAUUGUACGUAUAAUUCUGAAGAGACAACACAAUUUAUCAAUGGUAAAAAAAUAUGUAAUGGUAAAAAAAUGUGUGAUGGUAAAAAAAUACGUGAUGAUGACGAAACAUUUGAGGAUAGUACCAAUUUAGCGUACCAUCAUAGUAAUAACUUACCAUGUGAUACUUUUGAGGGUAAAAGAAUUGUAAACCGAAUGUGUAAUAAGAAAUAUAAUUAUGAUUAUAAAGAAUCAUAUAGAACGUUGAAAAAGAGAUACAUAAAUUCAUUUUGUCAUUUGAAUAUGUAUACAAUAUUGAUUGGAACAACUUAUAAUGAAAUAAUAAUAUAUAAUUUAUUAUGUGACGAGUUAUGUUAUAUAUAUGAUAAGAAUAAUAAAAAAAUUAGUUCAUAUAAUAUACAUAAUAAUAAUAUUAUAUAUAGUAUAGAAAAUUGUUUGUACAAAAUGAACUUAAAGAAUUAUGAUACAAUAAAAUUAUUAUGUCUACCUACAAUAUAUAUUAGUUCAUUUGUUUUUUAUUCAGAUAAUCUUCUGAUAUGUGGCUCGUUUAAGGGGAACCUAUAUUUUAUCGAUAUAUGUAAUAAUAAUAACAUAAAAAUAAUAAAUAGAAUUAGAAAAGAAGAUUUCGUAGGAAAGCAAAGAAUGAGGAUACAUAAAGAGAAGGAAAUUCUUUUUGUUUUUAAGAAAAAAAUUAUAAAUAAUAAAUAUAUAAUAAAUAAGACCAAAUCUGACAAUAGUGUAAAAAUAUAUAAUGAGCAAGAUAUGAAAAAGAAUAAUAAAAUAAUAAGUAUACAUUUAAAUAAACAUAAAAAUAUAUUAAUAUGUUCCUUUACAUAUUGUAUAUAUAUAUAUAAAUUAAAUAUAUCGGGGAAUGAAAAAAUUGAUUUAAGAUGUAUUUCUUAUCUUUCAAUAAAAAAUAUUAUUCAUAUCCAUGUUAUAAAAAAUAUGGAUAAUUUAUUUUAUAUUACUACAAGAGAUGAUGAAAAUAUAUCUUCCUAUAAUUAUUAUUUAUGUUCCAUGAAUCCUUGUAAAAUAAAAACCAACAAAAUGGAGCCUCUAUAUUUUAAUAUAUUAUUUGAGAACACUUGGUUUUAUGAAUUUUUUUAUUACAAUCAUAAGGAUGACAACCAGUUUUUGUUUGUCGAAAAUAAUUGGAAUGAUGAACGAAAGAAUAAAAGUUUAAUACUUUUAGAUGAUUCCAUAUUUAUAAUAUAUACAUAUUGUAUAAAUAAAAGUAGACAAUCUUUCGAGGAUACCUAUUAUAAGCAAAAUAAUCUUAUGAAUGUUAACAAUACGUCACAUGUUAUUAAGAGAAAUGAGUACAUAGGUGGUAAGCAAAAAAUAUAUAAAAAUAAUAAAAAUAAUGAAAGCACUGUUAAUACUUCUUGUGAUGAUUAUCUAGGCUCAACAAAUCAAGUAAAAAACACGUUUCCUUUUAAUCAUAAUAAUAAUAAUAAGAAGAAGAACAAGGAAAAAAAAACGAAUAUUAUUCAUGGUAAAAGAAAUGAACAAAUGGAUAAUUCAUUUAACAAGUUCUUAUCAUUAAUACAUACAAAUAAUAAUUCUAAGGCACAUGUAUCGAAUAAAUCAAAAAAAUAUGAUAAAAUAAAAAUUGUAAAACAUAUUCCUCAAGUUGUAAAAUCAUUUAAAAGAAGAACGAAUAUGUGCAAAAUGGAUAAUAGAAAAAAGGACAUAUCAUUGUUAAGUAUCAUAAAAAACAAGGAAGAAAAAAAAAAAAUACAUGACAUUCAUAUAAAUGGAGAAUCAUAUAAUGUAGUAUCCAAAGGUGUUUCCAUUCCCGUUAUGUUAAAAAAUAAAUUGUUAAACGUUAGAUACGAAAAGGAGCAUUUAAAAAAAAAAAAUGAAGAAAAAGAAGAUUGUUCAAAAGAUGAAUUCUUAAAAAAAAUGAAAAUAAUAAAAAAAAAAAAAAAUAAUAAUAAUAAUAAUAAAAUAAAUAAUCAUUACGUAACAUAUAAAUUGUUAAAAAGUAUGUUGAAAAGAAAAAAGAAUAUUUACUUGUGUGAGAGUAAAAAAUUGAAUUGUAAACACGAUGAUGAUAUUAUUAAAAAAGAUACGUCAUUUAUAAGAAGAGGAAUUAAUAAUGAAUCGUAUAUAAGAGAUGAUAUUUAUUUAGGAAUAAAUGAAAAAAAUGAAAUCCAAAGAAAAAAUUUUAAACCUAAUAUUGAAGUAAAUAAAGAAAUAAUAGAAAUUGAACAAUUUUGUAAUAGGGGGGGUGAUUUGUGCGUGAUAAAUAAUGGUGAAAUAAAUAAUUUGAGUUAUUGCAUAAAUAAAGAAACAAAAUUAAGAACAAAAGGUUUAGGAUAUAUACAGAAUUAUUUGAAGAAAUAUAUGAAUACAGAUAUUAAGAUGAAAGGGGAAUUCCGAGAUAACAUAAAUCGUUCUUCUAAUAGCAUAAAACAUAUAAAUAGUAAUUUAUAUAAAAUAAGUCCACAAAACAGUGAUACAACUAAUUACAUGGGAGAAAAGGACAAAUUUAUUAAUAGUUAUCAUGUGAACAAUUAUGUGCAUAGCAUGAUGAUAAGGUUACCACAAAGGGAGAGCGUUACAUAUAUCGAAAAAAAGAAGAAAAACAAAAUUGAUAUAACAAAAUAUAAUGCUUAUACGAAAUUAAUUAAAAAAGGAGAAGGUGAUAAAAAAAAAAAUUUAAUUUAA